CCUACGCAGACACGCUACACUCAGUACACUACUACUACUGCUGCUAUAUGCUAUCGCUCGCUACUUGAAAGCUACUCAUGUCAUCCUUUGUCAUCGUCACAGACGCAAGGAACAGGCAGUACAAGAUCCAAACCACGCCCGCAAAACCACUGACAGAGAUCCUCCAAGAAGUCUGUAAACGCGCCGAAGUGGAUGCUACACAGCAUACACUCAAGCAUGGCAAGCAUUUACUGGAUUGCUCACUCACUAUACGGCUAGCUGGCCUUCCUGCAGGUGCAAAACUGGAUCUUGUUGUUGCAUCCAAGAGAAUCGCAUUUGUCAAUAUUGCACUCGAUGUUGCCGGUGCGAUACGUCUCAAAGCCUCUUGUUUGGCAAGUAGCACACUCUGGGAUGUUCUCUGUACUUUUGAACAGCAAGGUGUGAGGUUGAUUGAGCGUGCUGCUCAGACUGAUGCGUAUCGCCGUGCUCAGCCAAUCUUGACAAUCAACAACAGGAUGUUUGAGAGUGAUGCGGUGCUUAGGGAGACAACGCUGGCUGCAUUGGGUAUUCAGCAAGGAAGCGCCGUUAUCAAGGUGGCGUUUAGAGAUACACAGGAACUGUUGCCAGAGCGGAUACGAGAUGCUCCCUUGGCUGAGCCAGUGAUGCAACAGGCUGCCAUAGCGGUACCCGGCAUCAUGCAAACUCCUGCGACAUUGCCAGCUUCACUUCAAGCCACUGCAUCAAUACCAUCAGAACAACCCAUCGACCGCCAAAUGGUCAUUCUACGACCCUCGCAAGAUGCACAACCAGUCUAUGCGAACACACCUGAUGAAGAUCCACAUACACCAAGCAUCGAUCAAGCAAAACGCUACCUAUCCCUCCUCCAACAACCCAACAAAGCAUCCCAAGAACCGCUCAUGACACGAGCACAACGAGAAGCAGCAGCAGCACUCGUCACACAACGCACAACUCUCCCAACCAUCCUGAAAUUCAAAUUCCGCUUCAGUAGUCAGGUUGCAGGUGGCGUACAGGUUUUGGCGGAGUUUUCACCAGGUGAAGUCACUGCUUCGCUUUAUGAUUUUAUUGCUUCAUUGUUGCUGGAAGGGCAGGAGAAUGCGUUUGGGCUUGAGACGGGAUACCCUGAUCGUCGCCUCUUGCCGCGCUAUGCACCAGGUUCGUUGCGUCUCCUGGGUUUCGGUGCAGCGACGGCGCUACAAGUUGUGCCGGCUGGCGCAAGUCCAUUGACAUUGAGGGAAGAGGUUCUGUCGCAGGCAGUGGAGGCGAGGGAGCAUGUAGAGAAACGACGUGUACAGGAGGAACUUGAGGAUGCAAAAGAAGCAGAAUCGAUGGCUUCUACAAAGACAACAAAGGAUACGUCAACGAAAGAGCCAUCAAGUCAUGGUGCGAAGAAGGUGCCGAAAUGGCUCAAGAUGGGGAAACGCUAGCGCAACGAACGUACAGAUGAUGAAUGCAUGAAUUACAACCUUGAAAUGCUACCUGGCUCUUCUCUUCUAAUGUAGUGGAACAAAUGUUUGCUUUACAGCAAUGCAAACGUGCAUAGACUCGCCAGAGUAGCAAGCACCCACCGUACAUCCAGAGAUGUUGCCAAACUCGCAGAGACAGUAGGUCG